AUGCCCAAGAAACCGCGCCCGCCCAGGCCCGACGGUCCCCCGCCGCUGAACAACAAGGACCACCUCGAGCGCGCAAACUAUGCGAUCCAGGCGAGCCUGCUCCUGCGCCAGCUUGGCGUGAACCGGGCGGGUCGCGGCGACGAAAUUUCGACGACCACGGCGAGAACGAAGCAGGCGAAGCCGGCGCAGCCGACAAAGUCUACCGCAUCCGUGCAUCAACUGCAACCUCCCAGCGAACCCGGCCCCAGCGACGCGCCCGCCCGCGGCAGCGACGACGAACGCCCCAAAGACCGUCGCGCGAUCACGGAAGCGCACGCCGAAGGGAGGCAAGGAGCCGCUCGGCAACCUGUCCCGCGCAGAGGUCACGUCCAUGCGCAAGUGGACCGUCCACAACCAGGUCAAGCUGUGAGUAUCGCAUAG